GCACAAUUGCACAAACCAACAAUGGCUGAAGCAAUUAGAUUCCCCGCCCAUUUUCCCUCCCUUUCCCAAAUUCUGUCAUUUCCAUCAUCGCCGCGCUUGACCGCUGGCACCCGAUGGAAUCCAGAACUUAGCAGAGCACUGGCCGCAUUUUAUUGA